AAAACUUCAACUUAAACUUUAAUUAUAUUUAGAUUGUUUUUGUGUGUUUUAUAAUUUGGCGCUAAUGCAAAAUGAUAUAUAUGUGUAAUUAAAUAAAAUUUCUUUUAUUCAUUAAAAUUAGUUAAAAUGAUUCCUAUAGAACAGAUUAUUCAUUCAUUAUACAAGUAUGCAGAGUUAUUGUUUUCUAAAAAAUUAAAUUGAAACUGAAAAUUUUUUUGCAUUUCUCAUCUACAUGGCAAAGUUUUUCCCAUCUGAAAUCGCUCGAUUAGUUCUGGGAUAUUUAAGGGAUUUACCAUGUCCGGAAACACAACAAAAGUUUUUAGUGGAAUGUCCCCAUCUUCGAGAAUAUUAUCAGUUAUUACAAGAAGGCGAGGCUUAUCCUACAGAUGUAAAUGGGAAAUCACUAACAGAAAUACUGAAGGAAUAUUGCACUUUAAAACGUGAAUCCUCAAAAAGUUCUGCAAAUGUACCCAGUUCUUCAAACACAGCCAAUCAUCAUGUGCCUCUUCCUACUCCUGUUGCAAAUCCUGAUUCCUCCAAUCCUGAAGGUUUCAAAACUCCCUGCAAAAGCAACCAUGUUGCUUUAGUAAAGCAUAGAAGUACUCAAAAAAGCCAAACUCAGUCGGUUACUACAACAUUAAGUUAUCAGACUGAAGUUCGCACUCCAAGAUUAAAUCUUAGUUCAAAGUAUUCAUCGCCAUAUACUCCGAGAAGAUUAACCGGUGCUAUUACAACUCCAUUAAGCUUCACUGGUGACUCACCUCCUCAUAAGAGUUCUACUGCACCUAUCUUUAAGCGAACAGCUAAUUCUGAUCCUAUUCCCAGAAAGUCUCAUAGAUUUGUGCAAACUGAUGCUUGUAACAAUGAUCAUGCCAGUCAUAGUUUAAUUCCAAAUAGUGCCACAACUCCACCUUUUUCCCACAGCAUAGUCCAAAAUUCACAGACUGCAGAAAAUGAAACAGUUAAAAAUAGCCAUUGUUCCCACAUUACAGACUCACUGCCUGAUUCAAUUACAAAUCAACAGCUGUCUGAAUCAACUCCAGAAAUCAUUUCAAGUGAAAAUAGUGUAACCCUAACUCUUGAAAGUUCUGUCACUCCACAGUAUAUAACGGAUCCACCACCUUAUGCUAGAGCACCAGCUACUAAUUCCCCAAGGCUCAUAUUAUCUCUCGACAGAUCGCAAAUAGCUUCGUUAACAACUCCCCUGAAACAUCCUAGGAACUGGGUUGAGGAAAGUGCAUCACCUAAACGGAAAGGGUUGAUUCCACGAAGAAGAUUACUUAGUGAAUCUCCUAAUCCGAAAAACGUUUCUGAUGAUCUUAUAAUAAAUUCUUUUAUAAAUGAAGAUGUCUGGACUGAUCUGCUUAAAUCGCUUCAAUCAGUGCCUACAGCGCAAAUGAUUGCUGAUAAUAUUAAUAGAGCAGCUGAUAUUAAUUCAAUUAAUCGUCCUGAUGAAAUAGCUAAAAAUUUAAAUACAGAUUAUAUUUUAGAUGAAUUAUUCAGUAAGGAACCUUCUUUGUACCCUCAAGUCCUAGAAAAUUUAGGAAAUCAAAUUGAUAAGCCUUCAACAUCAUCUUACAAUGUUGAAUGUUCUCAGUCUGUUACAUCUGCAAAUUCUUUUACUGAGGAUUGUGUUGUUUCAUCACAAGCCAGCAAUGAUGUCAACAAUUAUCAGUCAUAUACUAUUAAUACCUCCACUGCAUCUUCAUUUAGUACAAAAACUGCUGAAGAAAAUCCUGCCACUUUGGCGCAUUGCAAUAAUAAGAUUUUCAAAAAUCAACCUGUUAGUAGAAAUCUAAUUUCUGAUUCUACAAUCAACCCCUUAGACCAGACAGCAAUUGAAGACAAUGCUAUGAAUUCUCAAAAUAAUAAUCGAAGUUUCUCUUCAGUUGAAAUAAACUCAAAUGUAAAUAUAAAUAAUUCAAAUUCUGGUGCUAUUAUUCAGCAAACGUCUUCUGUUAUUACUUCUGCUGAGCAAGUGACCUCUGUAACCACUUCUGCUCAGCAUGUGACCUCUGUUGUGGCUUCUGCUCAGCAUGUAAUGCCUGCUGUCACUUCUGAUGCAGAAUUAACAUUUGCCACAUCUACUGCUCAAGCAACACUUGCCACACCUGCUACUCAAGCAAACUCUGUUGUUACAUCUGCACAAGCAAGCUCUGUGGUCACUUUUACUGAACAAGUUACUCCUGUUGCCACUUCUGCUGACAAUGAAUCAAUUAAUGUAUCCAUGGACUCUGAUGAAAUACAAAUUAUAAAAGAGAUACCUCCCACACCUGAGAAAAUAAAACCUGUGCAAUAUAUAACAACUAAUACAGUUCCUGAACAAAACUCAACUAAUAAUAAUAAUUCAAGUGGUGUUAACUUUGUUAAUAACAGUGUCUUCCAGAGCAUAAAUUCUAUUCCACAAACUCUGUACUUACUUCCGAAUGGCCAAUACAUUAUUCCUAAUACAAUUCCCAUUGGAACAAAUCCAUUUCAAAGUAAUGUUUCUUACAAAAUCAUUUUACCAGCACCUUCAAAUCCAGCUCAAAAUUCCUCCACCAAACAUAUUAAUAACACUUCUAUUAAUACAAAUACUUCAGUUUCAAGCCAGAAAAUUAUGUCUUCAUCUAACAAUCAAAGUUGUUUGCAAGAUCAAAAUUUGAAGAAAAGUAAUAAUGUAAAGCAAAUUAAACCUUCUCCAAAGAGUACUAAAACAAGCACCAAAUUAAGAAAAGGUAUCAUGCCUCCUCCUUCUACUUCUUUUACAAAACUACUUGACAUAGAAGAAGAAUGUGAUGAUCCAAGUAUUCCAGUAAUAUCUAUUCCAGAAAAUGAAAUAGAAUUAGAUCAUUCAAAGGAUGCAAUGGAAAUUUUUUCAAACAUAACUGGGAAGAAGGAAACGCAAAGUCCUAUCUUUAAGGCAUUAGUUUCAACUGCUUUCACAUUAUUAGGUGGUCAAGGUGGAGGUCAUGUAAGAACAUUGAAUUUUGGACAAAGUGCAUCGAAUGAAGCUAAUAUGAAAAGUCCAAAAGUUUCAUCUCAUUCAAUGCCUGAGAUAAAUGUAGAAAAUCGGAGAUCAUCUCCCCGAUUAAAGAACUCAAAUGUUAAAAGUCAGUUCAAAAGAUUGUCAACUAACUCCCAAGAGAUAUUGGAACUUAACAAGAAUAAAACCAAUAUAACUAGCAAAGAAGGAACUAAAAAUAAUAAAAGUAGCUCUGUAAGUUCUAAUAAACAAAUUAAUAGAUCUAAAUCUUCUAAACAGACAUUGCAAAAUGCAACUUCAAUGAAAGAUGCAGUACUGAUUGCUAUGGAUAAGGCAAUGGCAGUUAAUGUUGGAGAAAAUAGGACUAAAGCUAAAUCUUCUUCUAAAAAUAAAAAUAAAAAAAAAUUUAAAUCUAGCUCAGCAACUGGCAAACGAAAUAAAUAUCCUGACAUUUUAAAAAGUUCCACGAAAAAAGGUAAAAAAACCAAAAGUAAAAUUGUAAAAGCAGCAAGUAAAAAAACUUCAAAUGCACAAGAACAUAUUUCUAAUGUUAAGUUUUUUCCUAGUUCAGAUUCUGAAAGUGAAUCUGAUUUUAUUCCUUUAAGCUCUUUAACGGCAAGCAAAUCUCCAGCUAAUAUAAAUACCUUGUGUAGUUUGAAACCUGGCAAUAAAAUCAACAAUAGUGAUGGAGUUAUGCAAAAUAUGAAAGAAUUAUCACCUCUCAAAGGUAACAAAAAUUUAGAAGUUUCAAAAAAUAUAUUGAGUGACAUUACAGAAAAUACUGAUUUGUCCCAAGAUCAAUAUAGUGAAUUACCUGCUCUGCCUUUUGAAGUCUGCAUUGAUUUAUCGAAAAGUUCUGAUAAUAGUAUGGAUGUACUUUCACCAGAAGGAAACAAACUAGUAGAAAUCAUAAGCCCUUUGAAGUUUAGUGAUGUGAAAGACACUUUAUCUUCAAAAUCAGCUGAUUCAAAAGAUGACACCUUAUUAGAUCAUUCAAAAGCUGGAAAUAAUUUAUCUACUCUUGUGGCAAAUGAGUUGCAAUUAGAGUCUAAUCAAAAUAAAACAUUUUCUUCAUCGGAAUCAAAUAACAAUACUUCUGCAGUUUCUUCUCCCAGCCCAUUUAAAGAGCAAAACACGAGGAAAAGUCCAAAAUCCAAAGUAAAUGCCACUUUAAAUUCAAAAUUUGAGGAUGAUAAUUCCUGUAAAACGAAAUGUCUCAGUAAAGAAUUGAUCACUGUAAAGGAAAAGAAUAAUUUAAAGCUACCAAACUUGUCUGUAACUUUAAACAAAGAACAAUCAGUGGAAAAUAUUGAAAAUCCUCCGGAGCAUUUGUCUAACUUGAACCAAUGUGUCCUGUUUGCAUGUGAAAAUGAGAACAUAAAAGAAGGUGAGCAUGGAUUAGUUCAAAGUUUUGAAGCUGUGGUUGAAAAUUCCCAAAUUCCUACUCGGUCUGAAAAUUAUAAUGAAAAGCAAUCAUCCAACAUGGAAAAGUCUAAAAAAAAUUACUCUAAAAAAAUUGCUAAAAAGCCUCAUAGGAGUUUGGCCAAUUCAGAUCAACUUAUUCUGGCAUCAUCUGAACAUGAGUCAUUGGAUGAAAAUGAGGAAACGUUUCAAACACCUAGUAAUGUGGUUGAAAAUAUUCAAACUCCAGUUUUGGCAGAAAAGUCAAAAGAAAAGCAAUCGCCUAAUUUGAAGAGAUCAAGAAAAAAUUCAACUAAGAAAGUAAUUAAAGAGUCACUGGAGAGUUUAGUAAAUUCAGAUCAAAGUGUUCUGGUACAACCUGAUAAUGAGAUAUUGGAUAAAAACGAAGAAAUAAUGCUUAAAACUAGUGGAAAUACUGAAAUCCCAGCCUUGACUGAAAAUUUAAGUGAAAGACAGCCAUCGAGUUCGAAAAUAUCAAGAAAAAAUUCUGUCAAGAAAACUAAAAAAACAUUUGAGAAUUUAGUAAGUUUGGAUCAGGAUGCUUUGGCAAUGUCUGAAAACAAAUUAUUGGAUAAAAGUGAAAAAAUAUUUCAAACUAGCGAGAAUACGGUUGAAAAUACUCAAAUAUCAACUUCAGCUGAAACCUUAACUGAAAAACACCCAUGUAAUCUCAAGAGAUCAAGAAAAAACUCUGCCAAAAAAACAAAGUUAUUUGAUGCAGGAAAUGAGCAAUUAAAUGAAGAUGAUGAAGUAAUGUUUCAUACUAGUGAAAGUGUGACUGACAAUACUUCUAAUUAUCUAAAUGAGCGAAUAAACAAUUCUUCUGUUGAAGCACUAAAAGAAAAUUCUUAUUCUCUUACACCAUCAAGCAAUGUAUUGCAUAAGACUGAUAAUAACACAAAUUCUAAAAAACAGUUGGUGUCUUCAAGUGGUAACAAAACAACAGAUGACCAAACAAAGUCGGAUUCUUUGCCAACUGACAAUUCUUUGAAUGAAUCGCCUUUGAAACCAAUAAUUUCAAAAGUUAGUGAUUUAGAGCAUAAAAAAAUAAUUGAAGCUAAAGCUAAUAGACUUGAGGGUAUUGCUGAUAAACUGAAAUCAAAUGCAUCUUCCCCUUGUAAAAUUGGUGAUAGUACAAAUAUAAAUGCAGUAGUUGAUGGCAGUGGCUCUAUUUCCCAAUCUUCUGUAAGUGCCACAAAGAAACCUAAUCAAGAUAAUGCUGAGCUGAGUAAUUCUAGACAAGAUAAAUUUUUACGCCCGCCAAAGAAAAGAAUUCGACCUGUUCCAAUACCUUCUCCUAGAGAUUCUAGUAGUAUUUCUAGUUUCUCUCCCUUUCAUGUGGGUGAAAAUGCAUUUUGUUUAGAAACUACUUGCGACUCUAAUUCUAUACCUGUUAUUUCUGCUCCAAAUUCAAAUAAUCAUGAAAGAAGUAAAAGUUCUAAUUUUGAAACACAGCAUAAGGAAGUUAGUCAAAUAAAUAAUUUGCCUGUUAAUAAAGAAAUUCCGAGGACUUUCAAAGUUGGAAACAGAGAGACUGGAAAACCGAAAGCUAUGGCAGAAUUUUACAAGAAUGCAUUGCCAGAGCGAAAUAGUGACCUACCAAUAAGUCCUGAUACAGUGUCGAGCUCAUCCUGUACUUUAGAGACUUAUCUUGUUCGAAGAAAUCUUUCAAAUAAGUUCAUAGUAUUGGAGAAUGUUAUUGAUGAUUCUACAUCAUUCAGCCUUUUUCCUACAAGCAAAGAAUUUGAGGAGACGAAUAAAUCGAACGAGCCAUUAGAUAUGAGCGUAAACUGUGAUAGUUCUACUUCAUCAAAAAUUAACUCGCCUCUUAAAAAUGUUUCUCGAGAAAAAAGGAAAAUAAGCCAACUAAGUCCUGUUUCAUCUAAUUCCAUUGUCACUAGUGAUGUAAUGGAUAAGACAAAUUGCAUUUCAAGUGAAAUUGAACUCGUUGGUUCAGGAAAUUCACCUUUAAAAAAGAAAAUGAAACUGUCAGAUGAUGAGAUUAAAGAAACAGGUGAUUCUGCUAUGUUGCCAUCUGCCCUAAGAAAUAGUCAUUCUCCUGUGCAUAGAGAUUUAGAUAAUCAUUCUCACCCUUCAGAUGUUAAUGUGACCUUUGAAAAAACAUUGCAGGACCAUGAGUCAUUAAUGAGCUUUCAGAAUAGCAAUGCAGCUAAAUCAUCUCUUCCCUCUGAUGAUAAAAAUAUAAACAAUUAUAAGGGCAAAGAGCUGGGUCUUUUGUCAACAGUAACUGUAACAAAACUAAUUUCUUCAAAUGAGUCUCCUGUGCGUAGUUUCUCGCCAUCUCGAAAUGCUGUUAAGAAAUCAGCACUUAGUCAAAGAACUGAACAGAAUCCAAAAAUACCUUCUGGAGUUAAGAUACCAUCUAAAUGGGAUACUUCAAAAAUAUCCAAUUAUUCCAAAUCCAUUGAAAAUUAUAAAGAAAUCUCUAAAGUUUCUAAAGAGAAAAAUGUUGAAAACAAAAAAGCAUGGACUCUUAGAAUUGCCAGUUCUAAAUCACCGAAAAAAGUUCAAAGCGAUCUACGAAGGAGAAAACUUUCACACGAUAAGAGAAAUAAAAAGACAGAUAAUAGUAAAGACUCAAAAAGGGAGAUAAAGCGUGAAUCUCCCAGAAAAUCUAAGAAACAUCAUUCUCAGGAUAUUCGUUCUUCUAGUCAUAUCAGGAAAACACCUACUCCUCAUAAAUCCAUUAAUUCAUAUAAACAUCGUGACCGAAAUAGAUAUAGAGCUUCUGAAAAACGAGAUCAUUCUGACAGAAAAAGAAGUGGAAGUCAUUCUAAAAGUGAUAAUAGGAAAUCACCAGUUAAAAAUUUGCACAAAGAUGCCAUUUUGUAUUCUAAAUCUGCCUCUAGUUCAAGGUCAAAAGAUAAAUUAGACAGAUAUAAAUAUGAAGUAAUACCACUAUCUAAAACAUUGAGUGAUGCAAAUAAGGUUCUUUCUCAUUCUUCAAUAUCCUUCGGUGCUUCAAUAUCCCACCAACGAUUACCAAAAGCUAUUUCUCCUGUUAAAGCUUUGAAAUCUAGUGUACCUAUAUCUCCAGUUUCAGUUGAAACUAAAAAAACUAUUUUGAAUAACGAAGUGUCUUCUUUAGAAGAAGGUGAAAUUUCUGAAGAUCUAAUAUCAGAUUCAUUUGUACAAAACAAUUCAGGACCAAUGAAAAUUGUGAAUUCAUCUCCUGCUAAAAUGGUUACGAAACAAGUAAAAAACCCUCAUGUAAUAACUAAGCCAAUAAGUGUUGUAAACUCUGAAGAGGUGAUUGAUGAACGAACACCUGAAGAUGAACUUGAGUUGCAACAAGCUAUUGCUUCUUUGACGAGUGGUGAAAAUAAGUUUAAUUCUAGUGAGGACGUGAAGAUUGGGGAAAAUGAAAUUCCAAAUGAUUCUUUCAGUGAAAGAAAUAUUUCUUCUUCAAAAUCUCCUUGCUUGGAAGAACCUGUGAUGAAAAGCAAUCUUCAAGUGAAUAAAAAACAUUCUCCAACUGUUAGUGAAAGUAAAAUAACAAAAGGUGAUGAAAGAACAGCUUUUUCACACCCCAAAAAUGCAAGUUUUGUUAAUAUGAAUCAUGAUAUAAGGGCUUCCAAACAAAAAUCUGAAGCAGGACUUGAUAAUACUACUUUCAAUGAAAAGCAAAACAAUUGCCUGAGUGUGAAUAGUUCCUCAGAAACUGGAACCAUAGAAUUGAGCUCUUCGAAAAGCAACUCUUCAUCUGCAAAAACAACUAGUGAUGCUCCAACAGAAGUAUUAAAUAUAUCUUCUACAUCAUUAGGUGGACCAUCAAACUCUAAGAAAAAGAAAGUCAGCAAAAGGCCUAAAGAGAAAAAACCUGUUGAUGCUGCUGACCUUAUGGAGAAAAUUAAAUCUUUUGGUGUGGAGAAACUUCUUGAAUUGCUUAAUAAGGAAGCAUUGAAGGAAUAAGGUUUUUAUAAGAAUUAACUGAAUUAACAGUUAAUGUAAAAUGAACAUAAAAUUAUGCCAAAUUAACCAUUAAAUAUUUAUUUUAUUUGACACAUAAUUCAAAAAAAAUAUAUAUAUACCUUACUUAUUGGCUAAUGUUGAUUAGUUAAUAUUUAAUUUCAAUUAAUUUUUUCAUUUUUUGAAUAAUUUUAAAAGACUAUGCAUCGUAUGUAUUGCAAGAUGUGAAAAGAUUUGGGAAAAUUUAGAAAAGUUUUAUAAUAUGUAGUUUUGGCUGUUAUGUCUGCAAAUGUUUUAUGUUUUUGAAAUUGUAUUUUAUAUAUUUUGACAUGGAAGAAAACAUAAUUGUCCUAGAUUUUGCAAAUGUGUCUGUUGAAAAAAGUUUUGUUAGGUUUAUGAGAAUAAUUGUGUCUAAGAAUAAAAGCAUAUAAUUUGACACGAUUGUCUUGCAACGUUUCGAUUGUGUUUCGAUGUGGUUUUUUUAUUUGUUUGAUAGUGUGAUGUAUUUUAUUGUUUUUAAUUAAACAUCUUCCCCAAAUUUUUAACCGCAUGUGUAAUUUUGAAAUUCUUAAGCAAAGUACUAGAAUCAAUUUUUUUUUAAAAAAAAAAACCUAAUACACAUAAAAAAAUUUAAAUAUAUUUAAAAAUAUCUGUGACUUUUGUAGUUAAAAUUUUAAAUUUUCCUCAUAAACUUAAUUUACACACUUAAAAAAAAAUGAGGUAGAUGAUAUCUAUUCUAUUAAAUUGAUGCAUACAUUUAAAUAUCACUUGUAAAUAUUGUAUAUUUGUAAAAAUAUUGUAUAAAGCCUUUUGUAUGUUUGUACUGUACUAUCAUCAGUAUUUAUAGACUUCAAAUAUAGUCAUAUUGAAUUCUUUUAACAAAUAUUAUUUGCCAGUGCACAUAUAAUGUUGCAUUUGUAUUAUACUAAUUUAUUAUUUCUUUUUAAAAAAAAUAAAAUUUUAAAAAAUAUUUUUCACAUUAAAUGGCUUCAUAAAUUUAAAAGUACCUGAAGUUUUAAUUUUGUUUCUAUGCAAAAUUUGGUUUUAAAAACAUGUGAGUCUUGAAUUUUUUAAUGUAUAGUUUAUUUGUUGAUGAAAAUAAAUUCAACUAAGGUAUUAGAAAAUUAAUACCAUACUCUUUAAUACAAUGAAUUGCAAAUAAUAAUAACCUAAGAAAUAUGUUAUCUUUAGUUAGACUUUUAAAGGUUCUGAUAAUUGAUUUGGAUGCUUUAUUUUAAUUUUUCUUUGUUUUCAUCAUCAAAGCUCUGUGAGAAACAUUUGUUUACCUGUGAAAAAGAUGUUUUUGAAAUAUCUAUUUUAAAUAAAGAAAUAUUUUCCAAAUGUA